GCACGAUGCCACCGCCUGUGACCGGUUGGCGAGAGCGUCUCAGCAACAUGUACGAUAGGGUCAAAGGCGGUAAGUUUGAGGACAAUGGUUGGCCUGUGUGCGCCCUUGAGGCCUACAUCUUUUAAACGCCCGCGCGACCCACACCAGUCUGAAUCGACAUCUGCACUGCUGUUUCGGUGCUCGACGUUCACUCCAAGGCUACGAUGAAGUCUAACGUCUUGCCAGUUCCUAAGGCGCCAAUCGUGUCUCCCACUGCUGCGGCUCUACUGUCGACUGCAUUCGUGGUUAUCUACGUACUUCCGUUCUAUCUAUCUUCGGCGACUCGACCAUCUCCAACUCUCACCCGCGAUGCGCCCUCCUCUAUACGCGCCAGGACCCGGGCGGUGACCUUCUCCACGACCACUUGCACGAUUAUCACCGCACUGUACCUGUACCAGCAUGAUGUCUCAGCAUACCAGCUGCUGCACCUGCUUGGUAUAUGGCCAGUCUCCAUCUUCGACAUUGUACGAGGCAUGCUCUUAGUAUGCAUCUUGUUUGCUGGACCCUUGUACGAGAACGGUGUUGUAGAUGGUGACUGGAAAGACUGGAUCAAGUUCAAGGGAGUUCACGAAACACUAAGCAGUUGGAUCGGAUAUAGGAACUUCGUGGUUGGCCCUGUCAGUGAAGAGAUCGUAUGGCGCUCGCUCAUGGUCCCACUCCACCUACUUGCACACUUCACUGAGAACCAGAUCGUCUUCCUCACCCCAUUGUACUUCGGCAUCGCGCACGUCCACCACCUCUACGAGUUCCAUAUCACGCAUCCAAAAGUCCCAAUGCUAAUGGCUAUGCUACGCUCGCUAUUCCAGUUCGCAUACACCUCGCUGUUCGGUUUCUUUGCCACCUUCUUGUACCUCCGUACAGGUAAUGUCUAUACGUGCAUACUGGCGCAUACAUUCUGCAACUGGAUGGGCUUGCCUCGCGUGUACGGGCGCGUUGGAGUAGAAGCUGGGGUGCCGAUUGGUCCACCAGAUGUAGACAGGAAGAAUGAUGGAUCGAAGAGUGCUGCGCCAUAUCGAGGGAAGGGUGUUGCAUGGACUGUAGCGUACUACAUCAUUCUGAUAACGGGAGCUGUAGGUUUCUACUUUCAGCUUUUCCAGUUGACUGAGAGCACGCAUGCUCUGUUGGUUCGGUCGGCGGAUAGCAAGGUACCAGCUGGUGCGAAGUCAGGUAUCUCGCAGUGACCGUACCAGUUUUGAUGGGUAUCUUUGCUCGAAGCAAAGUAGACUGAGACUCGAAAAGAGUCAAUUCAGUCAUGACAUAUCCUAACUUGGUGGAUACUGAGUCCUUCCGAAACAAUCAGCCAUGUCUCAUGUGCCCAUGAAUCACAAUCGUGUCUCAGUGCGGGACUAUAGAACUAUUAUAUCUGCUAGCUCUUCACUGCAAUAUGGC